AAUUCUUUUCUCCGCCAUGGUUUUAUUAUUGGCAUUAAGUGGAUUAUAUUUCUUAUGCUAUUGUGCUUCAACUUUGAACGCAAUGGAUGUGAACAGUGGUAUUCCUGUUCACAUUGCUGUUGCUGGAGAAAGAGCUGCUAUUCCUUGCAACAUCUCUACCCCUCUGUCCGAUGACCAAGUGUCCCUUAUUCUAUGGUACAGGGUGGAUAUGCCCAAUCCAAUCUACACGCUGGACAUUAGGAAACGGACCAUCAAAGAAGCCAAACACUUCCCCAGCGUUGAGAUCAAAGAUAGGUCGUAUUUCAACAUGGACAUACAUCCACCCACGUUGUACCUAGAGCCAGCUCGAGUUGAAGACGAAGCUGACUACAAGUGUAGAGUAGAUUUACGGAGAUCCAGGACGCUUAUUUUACACACGAGGCUCAAUAUUAUAGUACCUCCUGGAGAGCCUAUGAUCGUGGAUGAACAUGGGCAGAGAUUACGAGACAUUAUUGGACCAUAUGAUGAAGGAGCAUUUCUUACUUUGGGAUGUGAAGUGGAUGGAGGUGAUCCAUCACCGGAAGUAACAUGGUGGCGUGGGACGACGCUAUUGGAUGACAGCUUCAACGUGACGCCGCAAGGAUUCGUUCGAAAUGAAUUGUUUCUUUUCGAACUCAGGCGAUCGGAUUUGUUAGCUGAAUAUACGUGCCAAGCCAACAACACUAAUCUGACGCGACCCAAAACUACGGCUGUGAGGAUAGACAUAAAUUUGAGGCCUCUGGAAGUUAAGAUCGCAGCACCGCACUAUCCUCUAACUGCAGGGACAAGAAAACAAAUUAUUUGCGAAACAACUGGCUCCAGACCUCGUGCAACGUUAACUUGGUGGUUGGACGGCAAAAAAAUUGGCGCUGGUACCACAGACACCGUAUCCGAUGGUGGAAAUUUGACUGUUAGCACAUUACACCUUGUCCCGACCCCAGACGAUGAUGGCAAAAUUCUGUCUUGCAGAGCUGAGAAUGCUGCUCUUCCGAAUGCUGCUAUCGAGGAUGAAUGGACUGUGAGAGUUAACUAUGCUCCCAUCAUCCACCUUGCCCUCGGAGCGUCCAUCAGCCUGUCAAACAUCAAAGAAGGGAGCGACGUCUACUUGGAGUGCAACAUCCGCGCCAAUCCGUGGGUGAAUGACGUGGUUUGGCAGUUUGAGGAUCAUUACGUGUCAAGCAAUAAGUCAGCGGGAGUGAUUAUUAGCAACCAGACUCUGGUACUGCAGAGCGUCAGGAGGGAGCACAGAGGGAGGUAUCGGUGCCUGGCUGGGAAUUCGGAAGGAAACAGUGUCAGCGACUACUUGCAUUUGCUUGUUCAGUAUGCACCUGUCUGCAAGCAUUCCGAACCAAAAGUUUAUGGCGUGGCAAGAACAGAGAUAGUCAACGUAACGUGCGAAGUAGAGGCUGACCCUAGUGAUGUCAACUUCCGGUGGGCUCUGAAUAACACUUUGGAAGUCGUCAAUUUGCAAAAAUGGUGGAGUGAAGGCUCUAGAAGUGUUCUGAGCUAUACGCCGAGGACAUUGGCAGGUUAUGGUCUUCUCUUGUGUUGGGGUAGUAAUGCCAUUGGUGGACAGAGGGAUCCAUGCGUUGCCAAGAUUAUUCCAGCUGGUGCUCCUGAAUCACCAAGGGAUUGUGCAGUGACCAAUCAAUCAGCUCAUUCUUUGGUGGUGGAAUGUGAACCAGGGUACGAUGGUGGGCUUGUGCAGACGUUUCAUUUGGAGUUGUAUAAUUCAGUUGUUGAGCAUUUAGUAGCGAAUCUUACAACAGACGAUGGCCCUUCUUUCAAAGUUCAUGGCCUGCCGCCAAACACAGCUUUUGUUCUCGUUUUGUAUGCAUCUAACGGCAAAGGGAAGAGCAACUCUGUGGCAUUGAUGGCAUCAACCCUACCACCACCAGCAAGACAUAUAGCAGAGGAAGAUUUGGCAACGGUGAGUCCAAUUUUGGGUAUACUGAUCGGUGUCGUCGCUGUUUUGGUUAUUGUGGCAUUAAUCAUCAUUAUCAUUGUAAGGCUUCAAGGUUCCAAAGGACAUCACAAAGAACCUCCAAAUCAAGACGAUUCAACGAGAUGCGAGACACCCUUGAAGAAGGAACUGGAAGAUAGCCAAGACACUAGUGAAAAAGGUCCAGAUAUCAUUCCUUUUGCAAAUGAGACAGAAGUUUAUUUUACUGGAGGCUCAACGGAACAGUUAAGACAUAUUCGACCGAUACCAAAGCUAUCGGGGUCACCAACGGACUUUGGACAUAGAACACUAGACACCCGAUUAUAG